CUUUUCUAAGAUUUGUCCUAAACAAUCAUUAUAAAUAAAAACAAAUGUGAAUAUACACAUUAAAAGAAAUUUAACUAGAUAUCAAAUUAUUAUACAUCAUACUUUCAAACUAAAAACCACAAAUAGCCAGUAUUUCUUAUAAGAACAGAGGAACAACGUGGUAUAUUAAAAAAAAAAAAGAGUUAACCCAGCUUCCACAUAGAUAAGGUCAGCUAUUAAUAUACCUCAUAUGAUCAACAGACGUUAGCACUGACAUCAAGAGCUAUAAGAAGCAUAAUUUAUAUUUGUUGCAGUCUACUCCAAAUAUAAAAUAAUCAACACUAGUUUAUAAUAUUACUUCAUAAUCUCUUAUAUAUGGCGAACACAACACAAGCUCUCCAAUCUCAGACAAAUCACUACUUCAACAAUUCAGUAAUUCACCCACCAAAACACACGCACACCUACUCUCCAAAGCUGUUAAAAUGGCAGCAGACUCAAAUGCAUCAUCUUCCAGCACCCUUCCUCUACAAGACAGAGUAGCUAUCGUCACUGGAGCCUCCCGCGGCAUUGGUAAAGAGAUCGCUCUCCACCUCGCAUCCCUUGGGGCUAAAGUGGUAGUCAACUACACUUCAAAUCCAACACUAGCACAAGAGGUGGUAUCCCAGAUUAACUCUCAUGGGUCUGAAACCAGGUCUGUCGCAGUCCAAGCAGAUGUGUCUGAUCCAGCUCAAGUCGAGGCCUUGUUCAAUGCAGCAGAAGAAGCCUUCCAGGCCCAACCCCAUAUUGUUGUGACCACAGCAGGCAUCCUUGACCCAAAGUAUCCUUCCAUUGCUGAAACCUCUAUAGAAGAUUUCGACAAAGCAUUUGGUGUAAAUACCAAGGGAACAUUUUUGUGCUGUAAGGAAGCAGCCAGGAGGGUGAAGCGCGGAGGUGGAGGACGGAUAAUUACAUUCUCAUCUUCACUGGCAGCAGUUUACAGGCCAGGGUAUGGAGCAUACACGGCAUCCAAGGCGGCAGUUGAGGCAAUUACCAAGAUUUUGGCGAAGGAGCUCAAGGGAACCAGUAUUACAGCUAACUGUGUUGCACCAGGUCCCAUUGCUACGGAGCUAUUCUUUGCUGGUGCCACAGAGGAGAAAAUCCAGGCAGCAAUCAAUGCUUCACCAAUGGAACGUCUUGGUGAGCCAAAGGAUGUUGCACCGCUUGUAGGAUUCUUGGCUAGUGACGGUGGUGAGUGGGUCAACGGCCAGAUCAUUCGAGCCAAUGGUGGAUUUGUAUAAUAUAGAGCAUGGGAUGGCUUCUUGAUCUGACAUGUUUUGUGUAGAUGAUGAGGUUUCCUGCUUGAGGAUCCUAACAAAUUAUACUCUGUUUUAUCAUAGUACUCACACUAUUGAAUCAUGAACAAUUGCCAAAUAAAGAUGUUCACAAUCUGUUUAUUGCCAUUUGUAGAGCUAUUGAAAUUUGAUUCAAACUCGAAAUACUACUACCUUGAAUUCAAAUCAACCAAUUACAAUAGGCACAACCCAAACUGGCUUAAAAGCUGGCUAGCAGGUCUGUCCUUAGAAGGCUGGAACCAACUACAAACUUUUGGGUUUAUAAAUCAUACCUUUGACCCUAUGACGAAAUGACCUGAGCUAAACCUUAUUUAUUAUAAAGAGAAAAUGGGGCAUUGAUGGAAGUAUAAAUCACAGAUCCCAUCAAAAUAAAUAAAUAAAUAAAAAAUCACAGAUUAUCUUGAUGACACAAAAACAACAGAUAAUUAACAUUUCGAGCAUGUUUGGUAAGAGUGAUUUUUGGGUUGGGAAUGGAUUCAAUUAAACCAUUACCGCUACCAACUGUUUGGUUAGAAGGUUUGCGUAACCUAGGGUAAUGGUUUCCACAUAUUUGUUUCCUCUCUAAAACCUAAGGUAAUAAUUGAAAAGGUAAGAGUUAAAUGAUUCCUUUUCAUGAUCAAACCAAACAAAUGAAAAGGUAAGAGUUAAAUGAAUCCUUUUCUCCCUCUUAUUUGUUUCCUUUUCACUUCAUUUCCAAAUUCAUACCAGUUGCCCCCUUAUGGUGACAGUCAACAAAAGGUAAAAUAACCCAUGCACAGAUAUAUUGAGUUCGGCCUAGGGUUUCAAGCUACUGCAGUGGUUUUCCUAUUUGAGAGCUUCAUAACAACAAAAUAUAGACGAUGUAUAACUCUAUCGCUCUCAGAAAGACAAAGACAUAUUCAUCACUAAAAUCAAUCAACUUGUAAAGAUAUAAAAGGAAAUGC